UCUAUUCCGGGGGCGGAUCCAAAAUGGCGGCGGUGGCAGCACAGCUACACAGUGAAUGAAGUCAGCUGAUCUCGAUCUGCUGUCACGAAGCACAGCCAGCAUCGUUUGCUCAACAAGGAACUCAAAUAAAGAACCUCUUCCCAACCUGACGUCAGAAGGUUAAAUCCACUCAAGAUGAACACGUCCAAGCUGCCCAAGAUCCGGGAUGAGGACCGAGAGAGCCAGUUUGGAUACGUGCAUGGAGUCUCCGGACCAGUGGUGACGGCGACCGCCAUGGCGGGGGCAGCCAUGUACGAGCUGGUGCGUGUGGGCCACAGCGAGCUGGUGGGGGAGAUUAUCAGACUGGAAGGAGACAUGGCCACCAUUCAGGUCUACGAGGAGACUUCUGGCGUGUCUGUCGGAGACCCAGUGCUUCGUACGGGGAAACCUCUCUCUGUAGAGCUGGGCCCGGGAAUCAUGGGCUCCAUCUUUGACGGUAUCCAGCGACCCUUGAAGGACAUCAACGACCUCACGCAAAGCAUCUACAUCCCGAGGGGCGUCAACAUCGGGGCCCUCAACCGAGACCUGAAAUGGGAGUUUUGUCCUAGCAAGAGUCUGCGGGUUGGCAGUCACAUCACAGGUGGAGAUAUUUAUGGGAUGGUGUACGAGAACUCUCUCAUCAGGCACAAGAUCAUGCUGCCGCCCAAGAACAGAGGCACUGUCACUUACGUGGCCCCCCCCGGAAACUACGACAUCAGCGAUGUCGUGAUGGAGCUGGAGUUCGAGGGCGUGAAGGAGAAGUUCACCAUGGUGCAAGUGUGGCCCGUCAGACAAGUGCGGCCCGUCACGGAGAAGCUGCCCGCCAAUCACCCGCUGCUGACCGGACAAAGAGUCCUGGAUGCCCUUUUCCCGUGUGUGCAAGGAGGAACCACCGCUAUCCCGGGAGCUUUCGGCUGCGGGAAGACCGUCAUCUCCCAGUCGCUGUCCAAGUACUCCAACAGUGACGUCAUCGUGUACGUUGGAUGUGGGGAGCGUGGUAACGAGAUGUCUGAAGUGCUGCGAGACUUCCCUGAGCUGACCAUGGAGGUGGACGGCAAGACGGAGAGCAUCAUGAAGAGAACGGCGCUGGUGGCCAACACCUCCAACAUGCCCGUAGCUGCCCGAGAAGCCUCCAUCUACACGGGAAUCACGCUCUCGGAGUAUUUCCGAGACAUGGGAUACAACGUCAGCAUGAUGGCCGACUCCACCUCCCGUUGGGCUGAAGCUCUCAGGGAAAUUUCAGGACGUCUGGCUGAGAUGCCUGCAGACAGUGGCUACCCCGCCUACCUGGGCGCCCGUCUGGCUUCCUUCUACGAGCGCGCCGGGAGAGUGAAGUGUCUGGGCAACCCUGAGAGGGAGGGCAGCGUCAGCAUCGUUGGAGCUGUAUCUCCCCCUGGUGGUGACUUCUCUGACCCGGUUACUUCAGCCACGCUCGGUAUCGUCCAGGUGUUCUGGGGUCUGGAUAAGAAGCUGGCUCAGCGGAAACACUUCCCCUCGGUCAACUGGCUCAUCAGCUAUAGCAAGUACACCCGCGCCCUCGACGAGUACUACGACAAACAUUUCACAGAGUUUGUGCCGCUGCGCACCAAGGCCAAAGAGAUCCUGCAGGAAGAGGAGGACCUGGCUGAGAUCGUGCAGCUUGUCGGAAAGGCAUCAUUGGCGGAGACAGACAAGAUCACCCUGGAAGUAGCCAAACUCAUUAAAGACGACUUCCUGCAGCAGAACGGCUACACGCCUUAUGACAGAUUCUGCCCCUUCUACAAGACUGUGGGCAUCCUCUCGAACAUGAUCGCCUUCUACGACAUGGCGCGCCAUGCGGUGGAGACCACGGCGCAGAGCGACAACAAGAUCACCUGGGCCAUGAUCAGGGAGCACAUGGGGGAAAUCCUCUACAGGAUCAGCUCCAUGAAAUUCAAGGACCCAGUGAAGGACGGCGAGGCCAAGAUCAAGGGCGAGUACGCGCAGCUGCUGGAGGACAUGCAGAACGCCUUCCGCACGCUGGAGGAAUAGACGUUCCUUUUUGUUUUUUCGUUGUCUCCGAUCCAUCACAUUCCGCCUUUUGUGCUUCCUCGUGCUUCAUUGUGAGAGAUGGCGUGUGUGUGUGUGUGUGUGUGUGUGUGUGUGUGUGUGUGUGUGUGUGUGUGUGUGUGUGGAGGUUCAGGAGAAAGAUGUACUGUAUUUGUUAUUUGAUGCCCUCAUGUUGUGGCGCACUCUGGAUCCUCUACUUGGUGGUGAUUGUGACGUCAUCCACGUACCGUCUGUCUGUACAGAAGAAGAGUCAUGAGAUUAUGAGUAUUUAUUGCAACAUUUUGACGUCUGAUUUUAUGCUUCUGCUUGUAUUUGUGUUGUGUACUUUUGCCGCGUGGCAGUGUACAAGUCGGACUGCGACACCCAGUCGUCAAGUGGCUCCCAAAGAAUUAAAAGAGUGGGGGAGACACAAAAAAAGACACGUGUCUAU